CGGAAGUCGUGAAACUAGUGAAUGAGAUUCAACCACAGACUGUUUAUGAGCUCCGCGUCAGUUUUCCACUUGUGCGACUGUAACGAUGCCGUAUGCGAACCAACCGACGGUGAAAAUCACAGACCUCUCAGACGAAAAUGUCAAGUUCGUCAUUGAGAACACCGACUUAGCGGUUGCAAAUUCCCUCCGCCGUGUCUUCAUGUCUGAGGUCCCCACUAUAGCAAUAGAUUGGAUCCAGAUCGAUGCCAAUUCCUCGGUACUGCACGAUGAGUUCAUAGCACACAGAGUUGGUCUCAUACCUCUCACAAGUGAUGACAUUGUGGACAAAAUGCAGUAUUCUAGGGACUGUACCUGUGAUGAUUUCUGUCCAGAGUGUUCUGUUGAGUUGACACUGGACGUUCGAUGCACCGACGAUCAGACGCGCCAUGUCACCUCACGUGACCUUUUGUCCAACAACCCCAGAGUUAUCCCGGUGACUUCCAGGAGUCGAGACAAUGAUCCCAACGACUACGUGGAACAAUAUGACAUCUUACUGGUGAAGCUCCGUAAAGGUCAGGAACUGCGACUCAGGGCAUACGCAAAGAAAGGCUUCGGUAAGGAGCACGCCAAGUGGAACCCAACAGCAGGGGUGUCCUUCGAGUAUGACCCAGACAACGCACUACGGCACACGGUCUACCCACGACCUGAGGAGUGGCCAAAGAGUGAAUACUCAGAGAUUGAGGAGGAUGAGGUUCAGGCUCCCUAUGACCCCAACGGAAAACCAGAAAGAUUCUUUUACAACGUGGAGUCAUGCGGCUCUCUGCGGCCAGAGACCAUCGUCAUGUCAGCACUGGCCGUCCUCAAGAAGAAGCUGAGUGACCUGCAGACGCAGCUAAGCCAUGAGAUCCAGAGUGACGUUCUCACCAUCAACUGAAGGCGUCUCACUAACAGUCCCGUUAACGUGUCAGUGGAAUUUAUGGAUUCUCCACGGCCCUGCUGGGAUUCUAUCAUUAGUUUUUUGUUAGUCUCAGAACGAUCCAACCACAUUUUUGUUGCUUUAAAUGAAUCAGUGGAUUAUUAUGUCAAAUAAAUCUGUUUUUGAAUAACA